GGUCCCCUCCUUCCGGCUCGCGCUGGCUCCUCCCCGCCUAGGGCGCUCUCCCGUCCGUCUCCCCCAGCUUCGCUAAGGCGCCUCCGUCUCGGAGACCCGCACUGCCUUCCAGUUGCUGCACUGUCUUUUACUCGGUUCUCGGAGACCUGCACUGUCCGUUCCAGCCCGGGAUCACCAUGGCUUCCCUCUUGUGUUGCGGGCCCAAGCUGGCCGCCUGCGGCAUCGUACUCAGCGCCUGGGGAGUGAUCAUGUUGGUCCUUCUUGGGAUUUUCUUCAAUGUCCAUUCUGCUGUGCUAAUUGAGGAUGUACCUUUUACUGAGAGUGAUUUUGAAGAGGGUGGUCCUCAGAAAAUCUAUCAACUUUAUGAACAAGUGAGCUACAACUGCUUCAUUGCCGCUGGCCUCUACCUCCUCCUUGGAGGCUUCUCAUUCUGCCAAGUCCGGCUCAACAAGCGCAAAGAAUACAUGGUCCGUUAGAACACUUCAUUGCACUCCCAAGGAUCUGGGGGGUCCUCCUUGCCCCAUGUCUCUUAUUUAAGUUCCCUUCUCCCACUCUUCCCCUUGCUUCUUGUGGGUCCCUCCAUUUCUGUCACUUUAGGAGCUGAGGGCUUUGCUGUUUACUCCUCCCUGGGGAGCGGGUCAGGGGCGGCGAAGAGAAGGACUUCCGUUACCCUUUUGGAUCGACCCUUUUCUAGCCUCUCGGCUACUGUCUCUGCUAGAAACAAUAAAAGCGAGUGUUCUCUCUGGCCUCGGUA